AUGCUCUUCGUGCGCAAGGAGUGCCGGAAAACCGCCAUCGUCGGCCUGGGCGGUGUCGGCAAGACCCAGGUCGCUCUCCAGCUGGCGUACUGGACAAAGAAACACCGGCCCGAGUUCUCGAUCUUCUGGGUACCUGCCUUGAGCAAGGCGACUCUUGAACAGGCCUUUACCGCGAUGGCCAGGAAUCUCCCCAUCCAAAGUGGCGGCGAUGACGAUGAUCUGAAGGUGUCCGUGCGACGGUACCUAAGCUCCGAAGCCGCCGGGCCAUGGCUUCUUGUGGUGGACAAUGCAGAUGACAGAGAUAUUCUCUUUGGCUCUGCAGAUAUGCCGGGCGGUAUCAGCGUGUACCUUCCCGAAAGCGACGACGGCCUCACCCUGUUCACCACACGGUCUCGAGAAGUAGCCGUGUCGGUUGCCGGGAGCGAUAAAGAUAUGCUUCGCGAUGAAGCGGCGACGGCAGAGCUGCUGAAGGAGCUUACCUACCUUCCCCUAGCGAUUACACAGGCGGCGGCUUAUAUCAAUAUUAAACAGGUACCAAUUGCUGAGUACGUCGAGCUGCUACACGGCACUCAGCAGAACAUCAUCGGCCUGAUGAGCAAAGAGUUUCGGGACAAUACUCGGUACCCAGGGUCGCAGAAUGCGGUGGCGACAACAUGGCUCGUAUCGUUUGACCAGAUCCGCAAGUCCGACAACGCUGCCGCCGAUCUGCUAUCGUUUAUAUCGUGCAUCGAGCCCAAAGGAAUACCUCAGUCGCUGCUCCCCGGCUCCGAGUCGACGGAGCAGCUGGUCGAUGCAAUCGGGACGUUAUGCGCAUACGCCUUUCUAACCAGACGGGGGCACAGCAAAAUUUUCGACAUGCACAAUCUGGUACAUUUGGCAACGCGAAUUUGGGUACAGAGAGAGGGACUGAUAGCAACGACGGAUGAAAAGGCGACUCGACAUCUUGCGACAAUUUUCCCAUCUGACAACUAUGUGAAUCGCAACAUGUGGAGAGAGUACCUUCCGCAUGCUUUUAGGGUAUUGCAGCAGAGCAAAGAGCUCGAUAUAGAGGAGAGAUCUGAGCUGUUGUUCUGGGUUGGACGGUGUUUGAGAGUAGAUGGACGGAUCAAGGAAGCUGCUAGGAGUUUGGAAGAGGCUUGCCAAUGGAGAAAUCGC